UACCCUUUAGUCUUUCAUUCUUAGAGUCACACACACAUUCAUCUCACAAAAAAAAUAAAAUAUGGCAAGUUAUGGUGCAGUAGUGCAAAGGCUAUCAGCUACUUCUCCGAAUCCUCCAUCCCAAACUCAGCCUGAUGAAUCGAAACAAUUACCGAAUUUCGAAAAAAAUCAACCAUUUUCCUUCCAAGUUAUAUGUCCAUUUAGCAUCCCUGCCACUCCUGAAUCAGCAGCAACGCGAAUAAUUAAAAACUUAGGUAAAUUCGGGCCAUAUUAUGCUGAAUUUGUGUGGAUAGUCCUUUUCAUCGCGCUUAUUCCUGAACGUAAGGUUUCAGUAGUAUAUUUAGUUGCCUUGAAGGAGGUGGCAGUUUUGUACUUGAUAUUGCUUCGUGCAGUGGCCAAUUCUGCCCUGUUUCGUUGGCUUAUCGCGUUCGAUACAAGGCCUAUUGUUCUACCACUGCUAGCCAUUGGGACAUGUGUUGCUCUUAUACUAACUAAUGCUGGAAUCCAUCUUGCAAUCACUUUGGCUGCAACUUUGCCUAUCAUUUCGGCUCAUGCAGUUCUGUGGAUAGCAGAGGAUUGUUCUUUGAAUGAGGAAAUUAAUCAAGAACAUGUACCCCUUGUUCACACCGUGUAAAAUUAGGCUACUUUUGUUGGUUAUUUGUUGCAAUAAAGUCAAGGAUGUUCUUUGUGUAGCAGAGGAUUUUUCUUUGGAUGAGGAAAUUGAUCAAGAAUCUGUACCCAUUGUUCAUACCGUGUAAAAUUAGGCCAAUUUUGUUUGAUGAUUUGUGGCAAUAAAGUCAAGGAUGUUGUGUUUGUCAACUUUUCUUCUGUG